CAAGACCCACACCACACCCGCCCCUUAAACCCUCCCUCCCCAACCCGCGAGGCCGCGACUGCCCUGCCCGCCGCCCUCUAGCCCACCUCUCUCGCCUCCCGCGUACGGCACACCUGACCCCCCCACCCACUCCGUUGAAGCGGUCGAGUGCGGCGUCGCGGGAGAGAUGGAGGCGGCAGUCGCGGAGACGCAGGGGAUGUCGCCGUACGAGGCGGCGCGGGAGCGGAACCUGCAGGAGAACAAGCGAAAGAUGGAAGCCCUCAACCUGCGCCACCUCUCCGCCGUCAUCAAGGAGGCCCCCAAGACCCCUUCCCCCAUGAAACCGAAGAGGCGCAGGAUCAUCGAGGACGCGGUCGUGGUUCCCUCGCCUCCCAGGAGGUCCCGCCGGCUUGCCAAUGUCCCUGAGGUCAAGUACGCAGAGAUAGCACCACACCGUGCAGAUAGAAUGACAAGGUCUCCUAGAAGACCAGCUGACCUCAUCUACUUGGCAAGACGCGGAUCAAUUUCCAUGAAAGCUAGGCUGGAGGCAACAAGGAAGGCUGAGGAGCUAGAAUCACAACUCGAUCCUGAAAUCCCAUCCUUCGUGAAGGCGAUGUUGCAUUCGCAUGUGGUUCGAGGCUUUUGGCUGGGUCUCCCGAGCCAUUUCUGUGACACUUACAUGCCGAAGCAAGACGCCACUAUCACCUUGGUGGAUGAGAAGGAUGAAGAAUUCGACACCAACUACCUUGCCUACAAGAAGGGGCUAAGUGGCGGGUGGGCUGGUUUUGCGCUAUACCAUGCGAUUCAGGAUGGAGAUUCAACUGUUUUUCAGUUGAUUAAGCCCACGACCUUCAAGGUGCAUAUCGUCCGAGCAGCUACUGAUGAUAGCAGUGAAGUAGAUGAGUGACUGCAUGACCUGACACCUGUACUUCGUACCUACUUAGUGCUUGUUCGGUUAUUCCUGUUGUUUUCCUGUCACAUGUGGAUUAGAUGGGAUCAUGAAAAAAUAUGAAGGAUUUUGACUUGUUCGGGAUUUAAACCCAUCCAAUCUCACCCAAUCCACAUGGAUUGAGAGGAAAGCGAACAAGCCCUUAGCAGGAGCCAGGAGGUGGAAAGCGGGAUUUUGAGUAUUUUUAGGCUUUAUCUAGCAGAAUGUAUUUUAUUUGUAUGCCUGUUGUUAUUCAUGCUACUAUAUUAGUGAGAAUCAGGCUCCUAAUUUGCAGAAGUCAUAACUUGC